AGUCCGGGUCUCUGUCUCGGGCACCAUCGCCCUCCUGCCGCUGCUCCUGCUCCCUCAGACCUCUUGCUCCGACUCCAGACAGAGAGAGUUCAUCGGAGGACCCAAACACGGCCGACAUCUCCUCUGCCACCGCUACAAAGGAAAAGGCCAUCAGCUCUGAGAUAAGUGGUAGCUAGUUUUACGAUAGCGAAGUCGCUGCUCUUCUCACUCCUUCCUGCUAAUUCUCUCCGGCCCCGCCGUGCCGAGCAGACCGCAGCGCCAAUGCUGUGUCGUUGCACUUCUCCUUUCUAGCUACGGUACGAUGUCUUCCGCUGCCUUCUCUCUGUUUCUUCCACGUGGGUGGGGUCUAUUCUAUCAUAUUCAGGUUAAGAUAAUUUGUUGAGUGGGGUGCUCUUUGGACUGCUUUCGGGAGGGAUGCUGUAGCUUUUGUUCCUCGUUGAAAUAUAACAGAAGAGAAAACCAGCAAGAUUGCUGUAAAACUGCACCAGUUAUGCCAUUCAAUGUUAUAAAACAAGCUACUGAGACGUAGUGAUUUGCUAGGUUUCUCUUUCAAGAUAAACUAGCAAGAACUGGUUCAUUGGGAAUUGAAAGAUGAAGCUGAGAGUGGUCUGCAAAAAGUUGUAUGAUUACGUUCGUUACGAUCUGAAAGAGAUUGCAUUCCCUUCAUCACUACCUGAUCCUCCUCAUGUUAAAAAACGCCGGAAACUGACUUGGCACGAGCGGUAUCUGGUUUUGAAAGAGGCCUCUAGGCUAUAUGCAGCAAGCUGGGUACGUGAUAUUGGUCCUGAACUCCGCCCAAAUGAUUAUAAGAAAGAUGAAGAGACUGAAGACGAGGUCCACGAGGGAAAGAAAACUGCCAAAGUGAAAGAACCAUCAACCUUGGAAGAUCUCGUUGUGGCUGCGAGAGGGGGGAUGGAAACGUUAAGGCCGGCUCUUCAGAGAGUUUACAUGACAAGAGCCUCUGCCUAUAGAGAUGCCCUGAAAAACUUCAUAGAAGGGUACCAAGAAGGCGUUCAGCAGGUCAUGGAGAAGAAAGGGGAUGCUAAACCUCAAAAGGACGACGAUGUUCCAAAGAAAGAAAAUUGACCUUUCUACAUCGAUCAUCAAUGUGCGCCCUUCUCAACGAGUUCUGGUUCUUCGUCAUGUCAAAGGGUACUGUUUCGUAUUUUGUGAUAACAUGCUUGUAAAUACUUAGUCUUGCGAAGAUUUUUCGGAUCAUCAACACUAGAUUUUUAUUCAUCAUGCAUGUUUCAUUUGUCCGUGUAUAGUCAUGGUCUGCAAUGCGAUAAACUUCUUUUUUUCCC